AUGCAGUUUAAAUUUUCAGUUUUAUUUUCCGUGGCCACCUAUUUGGUCGCUUCCGUUGCCGGAGCAGCCGUUCCUAAUCUCGAGGAAAGAGAUUCCAAGUUUCUUCUGAUUAGUUUUGAAAAAAUCCAGGGUUCCGCUAACAGCCUGGUGGUGACCAAGAGAGGAAUCUACCCCAACGACUUGCUCAAUGAAAGAAUUUAUUAUAUCACUUACUUGGACAUUGGAUCCAACAAACAGAGUAUUGGAGUUGAUAUCGAUACCGGAUCGUCAGAUUUGUGGGUUCCAGAUGUCAAUGCUGGAGGCCCUCAUGGUUCUUGGGACUAUGGAUCGUAUAACCCAGGUCAAUCUUCAACGGCCAGAAACACCGGUGAACCUUUCCAAAUUGGGUACGUCGAUGGAACUCAAAUUGAAGGAACUUACUAUGAGGAUACCGUGAGUCUUGGAAAUUCUGUUCAGGCGACAAUUAAAAAUUUCCAGUUUGCCGAUGCCACCACUACCACUCUUGAUUAUGGGAUUUUUGGUAUUGGUCGUGAUCUCGAUGAAACAACUCAACCUUCCGUGUACCCUAAUUUCCUCGACAGAUUGAAGAGUGACGGUCUUAUUGCUACUAAGGGUUACUCUAUUUUCUUGAAUGAGGCAGGUGCUAGUCAAGGAACAGUUAUUUUUGGUGGAAAGGAUUUGGACAAGAUUGAUGGACCACUUGUUGCUCAGCCAAUUGUUAACGACCAAACACUUGCCAUCACCUUAGGCUCGGUUACUGUUAAUGGUCAAACUUUCCAGUCUGGAGAUGACUCGGUUCUUGACACCGGUACCACUACUGCUGCCUUCACUCGUGAGCUUGGAGAUAACAUCUUCAGCAAUUAUGACAACGCUAGGUUCAAUGGAGACCUUGGUGUGUGGCUUGUGGACUCUGAUGCAAACAUUGACCAACCAGUUACUUUCAACUUUAACGGAAUCUCCAUCACCACUUCCUUGGCUAGCGCUUACACUAACGACGUCAUUGACAAGUAUGGAAACAGCUACGGACCAGGAUUCAACAUCAUUGAGUACAACUUCAAUUUGCUUGGAGACAUUUUCCUCUCUCAAGCAUAUGUUGUUUACAACUACGAUGCUAACACUGUGUCUAUUGCCAAGGCCAAGUUCACUUCUUCUUCCAACCAGGUUCCUCUUUAG